AAUAUUUAAGAUGCUGACUUUGUGGAGUAUUCAGGCUUGAAGGAAGGCUAUAGGAUAGCCACUAAGCUCCACUUUCAGGAACUCAAGCUUCGAGAAAGGCUAAGAAAGAGCAAGGAAAGAAAAAAAAAAAAAAAACAAAGUGGUGAGACCAUCCAGAGUGAAAGUAUAAGGUUGUAGUUUGCUACAGCUUUGCAGACCUCAGCUGGGCAUAUUCUGAUUCUCCAAGGAAGAUCCUUCCUCACUCAGGCCCACAAAAGAUGGUGAAAGAGACACUCUCAGCUGUGACCUGGCUCUGCAUUUUCAUAGUGGCCUUUGUCAGCCACCCAGCGUGGCUGCAGAAGCCCCCUAAGCAUAAGACACCUGCACAGCUCAAAGUAGCCACCUGCUGUGAGGAGGUAACGGAGCUCAAGGCCCAAGUCGCCAACCUAAGCAGUCUGCUGAACGAACUGAGCAAGAAGCAGGAGAGGGACUGGGUCGGCGUGGUCAUGCAGGUGAUGGAGAUGGAGAGCAACACCAAGCGCAUGGAGUCACGGCUCACAGAUGCUGAGAGCAAGUACUCUGAGAUGAACAAUCAGAUUGACAUCAUGCAGCUGCAGGCAGCGCAGACUGUCACUCAGACCUCGGCAGAUGCCAUAUAUGACUGCUCUUCCCUCUACCAGAAGAACUAUCGCAUCUCUGGAGUGUACAAGCUUCCUCCUGAUGACUUCCUGGGCAGCCCUGAGCUGGAGGUGUUCUGUGACAUGGAGACAUCAGGUGGAGGCUGGACCAUCAUUCAGAGAAGAAAGAGUGGCCUUGUCUCUUUCUAUCGGGACUGGAAGCAGUACAAGCAGGGCUUUGGCAGCAUCCGUGGGGACUUCUGGCUGGGGAAUGAACACAUCCACCGGCUCACCAGACAGCCUACCCGGCUACGUGUGGAAAUGGAGGACUGGGAGGGCAACAUGUACUAUGCUGAGUACAGCAACUUUGUUCUGGGCAAUGAACUGAACAGUUAUCGCCUCUUCCUGGGAAACUACAGUGGGAAUGUGGGGAACGACGCCCUCCUCUACCAUAACAACACAGCCUUCAGCACCAAGGACAAGGACAAUGACAACUGCUUGGACAAGUGUGCACAGCUCCGCAAAGGUGGAUACUGGUACAACUGCUGCACAGACUCCAACCUCAAUGGUGUUUACUACCGCUUGGGAGAGCACAACAAGCACCUGGAUGGCAUCACCUGGUAUGGCUGGCAUGGAUCUAGCUACUCUCUCAAACGGGUGGAGAUGAAAAUCCGCCCGGAAGAUUUCAAGCCCUAAAAGGAGGCUGCUGUGGAGCAGGGCUGCAGAAAUGGAGACAAAUGGAGACUGGGCAAGGGCAGAGAAGGAGAGGAAGAGCAUGUAGAAAGGGCAGGGGUGGGAAAUAACCUAUAAUCUCCAAUGAGAGAGUGAGACUCUAAGGAGCACAAUAAAAUUAUAUGUACCAAGGAUGUUACAAUAAAUGGGAUGAAGUACACAAUGGGUCUUGCCACAUACUUCUCAGGGGGCUGGACUGAGUGGGCUCUGUCUGCCCAUGAUCCCUUACAUAGCAGCAGCUUGUCUUUUCCACAUGAUUUUUCUGUGAAAAAUAAUUGUGAGAUAACUUUACCCAUAAUUCUCUAAGGCCUAGGUUAGGUGAGGGCAUAAAACAAAUCCCUUUGCUAAAAAGAACAAUAUUAUUUUGAUUCUCGAAGAAGGGGCCUUGACUGUUAGAGAAAGGAGUGAAAAAGGGCAGUGGAGGAGGGGAGUUUCUAUUUUUAAACAUGAUGAAAUUACAUUCAGUCUACACAUUUUUUUUUUCUUUUAAAGAUGGA